AUGAAUUACGGCCGACACGCGUUUGGGUCACUAUUGCCGUUGUCCGAGAGACACGUUCUGGGUCAAGCUUCAGCCACUCGAUGCUCGCGUCCCAUUGCAGAUCUGCCUGGCAUUGCUGUAUUACUGAUUAACUCGACCAUUCCGGUCGACACUCAUCUUUCGAUUAACCCAGGCGAACCCAAAGUUUACACAUCUUACACUAUAUCUACGGCAAGUCCUCCCUCGAUGACUUUCAUCCAUCGAACAUACGGCAAAACAUCCACCCUUGACCUCACCCUGCCACCACCAACAAGCUUGCAACAUUAA